AUGUUGCCGACAGAAGUUUUUCCAGUGACUGAUAGCGGGGAUCUGGAGAAGAUUGUCGACAUCGAGGAGAGAGCAUACGGGGCGUCCUCGCCCUUGUUACAACUGAUGUUUCCAACAUCAUCAGCUUCUUCGAAGAUUCUUCGAAGUUCGAAAAUCGCUAGACAUAAUCACGUUUGGCAAUCAGACCUGACAGUACACUAUCUCAAAGCGAUUGCAUACGAAACAUCUCCCGACGGUGCGGUAUCCGAACGCAUAAUUGGUGCGGCCGUAUAUCAUAUCUACGAGUCGUCUCAUACAGCUUAUGAACGAAAUCCGUGGCCACGCAGUCCAAACGAAGUUCCUGAAGGUGCAAACGCGCCUCUUUGCCUUCAUUACUUUCAAAUAUUGACUAAAGCUCGGCUGGACUUUAUGAAGGGUGAACCGCAUGCGUUCCUUGCCAAUUUAGUUGUUGAACCAAGUUAUCAGAGACGCGGAGUUGGGACGAAGCUUCUCAAUUUCAUGAUUUCUGACAUCAUUGCCAGAUCUACGGAUGAGAGCCACGAAAAAAGGCAAAAUGAUAUCAGGUGUUGGCUAGAUGCCUCUCCUUCCGGACUAAAGACGUAUCAACGCCUUGGGUGGGAGGAAGUUGGUGCGAAGUGCUUUGACUUGGAGCCGUGGGGUGGUGUGAAGGGCCAACAACAUAAGAAUGUACAUAUGCUGAAGUUGAUAUCCGCUUCUGAAUCUUAA